AUGACCACUAGCCUGAGGAGGCCCUCUUUCACCUCCUGUUCUUCUUCCUCAACAGACACAGAUGAUGAGGGUGUGCAUGGCACUUGCAAAGAUGCUUCUAUAUGUAAGAGGUUUACAGUAAGCAUUGGCUACUGGCAUGACCCUUACAUCCAGCAUUUUGUUAGACUGUCUGAGGAGAGGGAGGCCUCUGAAAUUAACAGAUAUUUUGCUGAAGUCCAUGGCAUCAGUCUAUUUUUACUGAAGACAGAACGUCAUUGUUAAAUUCUAAAUCUUGGAGCUGGGAUGGAUAUCACCAUCUUGAGAUUAAAGGAUGAAGAUCUCCCAAGUAAAUAUUUUGAAGUCUAUUUUCCAUUGAUAGUCACGAGAAAGCAUAGCAUCAUCAAACCUUUCUUAUCAGAACCCAUCAUGGAACUACAUUCAGAGGGCACACUUCAAAUCAAUGGACACCUGUUGGAUUCAAAGAGAUAUGCCAUUAUUGAAGCAGAUCUCCAAGACUUACCUGAACUGGAAGAGAAGCUAAAGAAAUGUAACAUGAAUCCACAAUUACCAACACUCCUGAUAACUGAAUGUGUGCUGCUUUACAUGACUCUGGAGCAGAUGGCCAAGUUUCUCAAGUGGGCAGCCAAUGGUUUUGGGACUGCCAUGUUCAUAAACUAUGCACACGUGGAUGACUGGUUUGGACAGAUCAUGAUUGAAAUGCAGAGGCAACAGUGUGACGUGGCAGAAAUGGAGACCUGCAAGUCAUUAGAGUCACAGAAAGAACGGCUCCUGUCUAAUGGGUGGGAAUUGGCAUCAGCAGUUGACAUGAUGGAACUGUACAGCAGAUUGCCUCAAGCUGAAGGGAGCAGAAUCAGUCUUCAAUUUCUGGAUGAAAUGGAGCUUCUCGAACAGCUUUUGCAGCAUUACUGCCUUUGCUGGGCAACCAAAGGAGGAAAUGAAAUAGGUUUGAAGGAAAUCACUUAUUAA